AGAUAACAUUAUAACGAAUUAAAGGUUAUUUGAAUAAUAUAAUGUAGUUUAAGUUUGGAAACAUUGUCUAAUUGUUAAAUAAAAGUCGCUCUAUCAUUGUGUUCACAAAGUGAACAUAUUUUUUUCUGAGAAAAAAAAAGGAGGAUCGUACCCAGUAUCACUGUAUGACAUGAUAAACCACCAUCUAGUGGAGAAAUGAAAAACAUAUAUAAGCUAGCCAGUGUUGCUUUGGUGACUCGAUCACAGAGCGUAGUUUUGGGCCGUAAACGUCACACAAUAUGGGUAACACGGCCACCUUGCGGUUCCGUUUGGUAAGACAUUUUUCAUGCAGGUCACAAAUCAGGUUGUUCCUCUGGUGCCUAGCAACGGCGGUCCAGGCAAAUAAACAAAGCGCCAUCUGCGCUUACCAUAGCCACUCCGGGAUGCGUGUAACGUGACCACAGAAUCCUCGCCAUGGCAGAAGUGACAGACCUCUGUCGCGCUGGAGGGCCACCUGCCGGUCAGCGCUUUCUAACCUGUGGAAGCAGUAUAGCCACCCCGCAUCGCUGCCUGUAAGGAGAGAACGGAGGAAGAUUCCGGAGGGAUCGCGACCGGUGUGUGGAGUGAGCGGGGAAUAAACGAGAGGGACAGCUGGACCGGCGAUGCGCGCCAGGGCGCUCGGUGUCGGAGAGCGGCUGCUGCCGUUGAUCUCCGCGGCGCUGCUCAGGCACCAAAAUGCGACACCGGAGGAUCCCAGACUCAGGGAAACGUGGAGGGAAACGGACCCGUACUGGAAUGUGACUGUGAGGGUUCUGCGAGCGUCCCACAUCCCCAAACUCGACUUCUUGUCAGAGUCAGAAUGCUACAUUAGCCUGCGGCUCCCGACAGCCACCUCCCAGACGUACCGCACCCGCACCAUCCAUAAGACCCGCUUCCCCGAGUGGAACGAGACCUUCCACUUCCGUGUGCACGGCCACGUGAAGAACGUUUUGGAGCUCAGCAUCUGUGAUGAAGACUGGGUGAAGGUGGACUGCUCCACCGUCCUGUUCGACCUCAGCAACCUCUAUCCAGGGAAGAGAGAGAGGAAGGUCUUCCCUCUGGACCCUGAGGAAAAAGAUGAACUUUGGGUGGAGUUUGAGAUAGAGGAGAGCAAACAACCGCCAGGAACCUGCCUCACUAAUGGAGUCCUAGUGGCUGAGCCGUUCUCUCUCCUGGAGGUCAAAGUUGAAGGAGUGGAAAAGGAAAAGGAGGGGCAGGACCUGGUUCUGAAGCUGACCGGACCGUAUGAUCAGGAGCAGGUGGUUCUGAGGGCGGACCCAGGCAGUGAGCCAGCCAGGCCGGUUCUGUUCCACUUCACCAGGGACCAGGACACGCAUCUGGAGAUCCACAGCCUGCAGGAGGAGGAUGAAGAGCAGAAGCAGGAUGGAGAGGGGGAUUCUGGGAAAGAGACGCGGGGUGGAGUGGGUUCCUGUGCGGUCGCUCUGCGGCCGCUCCCCGUCGACCAGCUGGUGACCCUGUCUGUACCUGUGGGACAGGAGGACAUAGAUCUCAAACUGAAAACUAAAGACUGCUCAGAGGAGCUGGACGUGCGUCUGGGCUUUGACAUCCCCGCGGAGGAGAAGCAGUUUCUGGAGAAAAGGGGAGCUGUGGUGUCCCGUGCUCUACAGGAGCUCCUGAACCUGCCCUCCACGCCAGAACCCCACCAGGUGCCUGUGGUGGCGGUAGUGGGCUCGGGGGGCGGGACUAGGGCGAUGACAGGGCUGUGUGGCAGUCUGAUUGGCCUGCAGACGCUGGGCGUGCUCAAUGCUGUCAGCUACAUCACCGGCGUGUCUGGAUCCACCUGGGCGAUGUCGGGCCUGUAUGCUCACGCUGGCUGGUCAGAGGCCCUGGAGGCCCUGGUGUUGGAGCUGAAGGGGCAGUUCAGUAAGAGCGCGCUGGGCAUCUUCUCCCCCGGCCAGCUGCAGUACUACCAGCAGAGCCUGCAGCAGAAGGCCCGGAGCGGCCAGCUGGUCGGCUUCAUCGACUUCCUGGGCCUGGGCAUCGAGUACCUCAUCCACGGCAAGGAAAACCACAGUACCCUGUCCAGCCAGCAGAGGGCAGUAGCAGAAGGACAGAACCCCUAUCCCAUCUACACAGCCGUUAACAUGAAGAACAGCAUCGGGGGCAGUGCAGCCAUCUCAGAGUGGUGUGAGUUCACCCCGUAUGAGGUGGGAAUUCCCAAAUAUGGGGGGUUUGUGCGGGCUGAGGACUUUGGCAGCGAAUUCUACAUGGGUCACCUGAUUAAGAGACACCCUGAGGCACGAAUCACCUACCUGCUGGGCUUGUGGAGUAGUAUUGUCUCCUUUAACCUGCGGCAGAUCCUGUUUAGACUCCUGGGAUCAGUGCCCUCCUGGAUCACAGGCCUGGGAGACGAUGUCUACGACACAGAUGAACAGCACUCUGCCGGGUCCUCUGCCCUGGACACCUACUUCAUCGAGCCGGUCUGGGAGCUGGCUGAAACGCUGGACAGCCUGGUGACCAACCGACCGCUCAUCAGCAAGAACUACAACUUCUUGCACGGGUUUCACCUGCUGUGGAACUACAGCGAGAACGACGGCUUCCUCACCUGGAGAGACAUACACCUGGACUCCUUUCCGAACCAGAUGACUCCGUCGGACGGGGAGCUGCACCUGGUGGACUCAGGCUUCGCGGUGAAUUCGGGGUUCCCCCCCGUCCUGCGCCCCCAGAGGCACGUCGACCUCAUCCUCUCCUUCAACUACUCCUGGAACCGCGACCAGUUCAAGGUCCUGAGGAAGACGGCUCAGUACUGUGCCGAUCACCACAUGCCGUUCCCUCAGAUCGACUUCCACAGCCUGGAGGAGCAGCCCCUGCAGGAGUGCUACCUCUUCCAGGACGAGCGGGACCCCCGCGCUCCCAUAGUGCUUCACUUCCCCCUCAUCAACGCCUCUUUCCGGGAGCACUGCACCCCAGGUGUGCGGCGCGUGGGGGAGGCGGAGCUGCAGGAGGGACAGGUAGACGUAGAAAGCAGCAGCUCCCCCUACAGGACCAUGAACCUGACGUACGAGCCGGAGGACUUCCAGCGCCUGGUCAACCUCACCGCCUACAACGUCGCCAACAACCGGGAGACCGUGCUGCAAGCCCUGAGGCUCGCCCUCCACAAACACAACCACACACACACCCCUGAGACCAGCCCCGCCCACACACACACACCUGAGACCAGCCCCGCCCACACACACACACCUGAGACCAGCCCCGCCCACACACACACACCUGAGACCAGCCCCGCCCACACACACACACCUGAGACCAGCCCCGCCCACACACACACACCUGAGACCAGCCCCGCCCACACACACACACCUGAGACCAGCCCCGCCCAUACACACACACCUGAGACCAGCCCCGCCCAUACACACACACCUGAGGGAAUUAACAGGCAACGUGGUUCCUGCACAAUACUAUAAUUUUAAACCACGACUUUUGAAUCACCAUGUCAACAACAUUCUUGCCAUUUUAACUGUACAUUUGUGUAAUUUGUUAAAAUGGGUUAGGGUUAGGUUAAAUCAUUGAAACAAAAUAAAUCAUCAGUAUGUAGUG